AUGGCAGCUGCUGAUAGAAGGUUACUCCUGGCCUCUGUGGCCCGACAUAUGAGCACCAUUCGUUGGGGCAUUUCCGCUUCUGCAGCCCUUAGGGCUUCUGCUUCUGGAAGAAAGUGUCUGACGAGAGGGUUGUGGUCUGGGCAUCCUCAAGCAAAAUGCUCCUUUAGCACCAGUCCCUCACGCCUAGCCCCUGCUUUCCACACAACAUGCCCCUACUUUAAGGUCAUGGUCAAUGGAGAGUUCAAAGAAUUGAGCCUCCAUGAGGGAAUGUACUUGGUGCUCUUGUUCUACCCUUUGGACUUCACCUUUGUGUUAUCUACAGAAAUUGUGGCUUUUAGAGAUAAAGUUAAGAAAUUUCAUGACAUGAACUGUGAAGUCAUUGCUGUUUUGGUGGAUUCCCACUUUAGCCAUCUUGCCUGGAUAAAUACACCAGGGAAGAAUGGCGGUCUAGGCCACAUGAACAUCCCAUUCUUGUCAGAUUUAAUGAAACAAAUUUUCCGAGACUAUGACGUGCUGUUAGAAAACCCUGGUCUUGCAUUCAGAGGUCGCUUCAUCAUUGAUCCCAAAGGAGUCAUCAAGCACCUGAGUAUCAAUGAUCUCCCCAUGGGCCGGAGCGUGGAGGAGACCCUCCACUUGGUGAAGGCGUUCCAGUUUGUGGAAGCACAUGGAGAAGUCUGCCCUGCAAACUGGAUACCCAAUUCCCUGACAAUCAAACCAAACCAGACUGCUUCCAAAGAAUACGUUGCGGGAGUGAAUCAGUAG